GGUGGAGGGGUUAGGCGUGUCAGUGGCGAGGCAGGUGGCAAUUGCUGGCCGCUGAAAUUUUUCGAAGAGAAUCUGCACUGGCGCGCACACACCCGUGAAAUCUGCGUUUUAAACUUUUCGUGGCAUACCAAGGCGCUGAACGAUGGAGGGUGGCAUGCCGAACACGUACGCAACCACCACCACCACCACCACCAGGACGGUGUUCUUCGACAAGUCCAUGUUCCGCUCUAGGGAGGUGCUCCUCAAGAUCGGGGAGGUGCUGGUCUGCUUGAUCGGUCUCAUCUGCGUCUCGUGUGCGCCCAACCCGUACAUUAGCCAGGCUGGCUUCUUCUACUUCCUCUCCUCGGUGGGCAUCGUGGUGGCGCUGGUGAUGAUGGUGCUUUACGUGGUCCACCUGCGCGACAAGAUGGCCGGAACGCUGCGCCUCAACUUCGUGGAGAUGGUGUAUGCUGCUCUCUGGUCCUUCUUCUUCUUUGCCGCCGCCAUUGCGUGCGUGGUGUUAGGCAGCAAAUUCAGCAACGGGGGCGCCUACAUCGCAGCUGGGUUCUUUGGCUUCGUGGCAAUGGUGCUGUACGGCAUUGACGCGUUCAUCAUGUACAACGCGUGGAGGCACGGCACAACACGCAGCGCCACGCAGACCACGCAGCAGGCGUCGACCCCAGCUUACUGAACAGCGGCGAUGCCAUCGCCACCUACCGGCAACUUGGGGAAUUUCUGCCUCAGCGCGUCGCCAGGAGGGUGGGCUGUUGACGCAUUUGGAUCCCGGGAGGUCGCAGGCAUGUGCUCGUGGGCGAGGGAGCUGGGAUUCGGGUCUGCGUUAUUUGUUUGCUGCUCGACCAUGAUGUUUAUGAAAUAUUGCUCCGCUGUAUUCUGUCCUAAUGCUUUCUAGAAGUGUUAGGCAUCUGUAACAAGAAUGACCAGUUUACCCCACCUCGCCUGUUUUCACCCCCCAUUCCCAGUUUCGAAGCCUAAUGCAGAAUGUCUCUUGGUGAGCAGGCUUCCCGGAAUAUCAUAGCAUACCACUGACCAUAUUGUCAUUGAUAUGAAGUGUGCUGUGAACACCCCACUAAAUGACAGCGACUUGACCACUUUUACCUGCUGGUUGCGGCCAUCUGUUCCCAGUCUGCUUUUCACGUGUUCUUUUCGACUGCCACACCCUGGUGGCGCGCACCAACCGCCUGCCCUGGCCGCUACGAGCCGGUCUCCGUCCCGACACCGCCGACUUAUCAGCUCCACACCACGGCACGCCCUGCGCUCGCGGCCGCGCCCCAGCCCGGUGGGGUACCCUGUCCGGCUCGGUCGGUGCGAAGUUAUGGGCUGGUGCGCGGGCGUUGGCGGCACGCCUCAGGCAUGAAGUGGCGGGUCCGUCGGCUGCGCGUCGGCCCCCCUCCCCCCCCCGUUUCUC